UUGCUAUAUCAUUCGCCCUAUUCCGUUAGAUACCGGAUUGGUAUGCACUUUUAUGGUGUUAACUUUUUGGUGUUUAGUCUUGAUUUUUGGCCACGCAUUUUUUUCUGUUAUAGGAACAUGGUUGUGUUCCUUGUAGCGUGUGGUACAGUCAAGUACGUUUGUGGAACAAAAUGGAUCCUCGAAGUACAUUGAAAAGAAAUUACUCGGGUUCUGUUUUGCAAAGAUCCUCUAGUAUCGAAAGACAAGGAACUCCAAACUUGAAAUUGAAUCGAGCAAAUACACUGUCUCCUGCACCAACAGGAACGACGCCAAACGGCGGUAGACAAGGUGAAGAAUGGCAAAGAAAUGAAGCAGAAGAGGAAGAAGAAGAUCACGACGAUUUUGGUACUGCAGCAAUUCCGAAUUUGGCUGGAAAAGUGGAAGGUGAAGACAAUGAAGCGAAUGAAAAGAUUAAGACCCGUUAUCUUCUCGAAAGCUUUGACGAGACGCAAAUGCAGCGUUACGAAGUGUUUCGUCGUGCAAACUUAAAUAAAGCCAACGUGAAGAAAUUAGCAAAUCAAAUAUUGAACCAAAGCGUGACACCGAAUGUCGCCAUUGUCAUUUCCGGUUUCUCAAAAGUAUUUAUUGGUGAGAUUGUCGAACUAGCCCGUAAAGUUCAAGAUGAUUGGGGUGAUUCGGGACCUUUGGCUCCAGACCAUCUUCGUGAAGCAUAUCGACGUUAUAAACACAAUCGUAAACUCAUUCCACAAAGUCGCCGUACGGCUCGUCUCUUACGGUAAUCCAUGUAUGAGUUUGCAUAUCCAUUUCAGUGAUUGCUCCGGUACUAUUUUCCUCAUCAUAAAAGUCGGUUCCUGGUAAUGAAUGAAUGAUUUUAUGACCCUCCCCUUCCAAAUGGAUUGAGGGUCUUCGUAUCUAAGAAAGCAAGUAGAUAGGCUCUAGAUAUUAUUUCUCUGAAUU